AUGGAGGGAUUCGGUUCCUGCCACUCAUCUAGGAGCUUUCAGACUGGCAGUGGAGAGAAGGGGAUCGAAGAUGCAGAAAACGACUCAGAACAUUGUAAGGGAUUUGAUGAGGAGACAGAAAGAGGGAGGGGCCGGGCAACCCCGCCAUCUGCACCCACAGGAGGUCCGGGGUCUGGCCUGCGGGCAAGAGCCCCAGCGGUGGAGGAGGAGGAAGAGGCCUCACCACUGCAGGAAUUACCGAGCCCAGCAGCACGCGCCACUCCCAGCCCAGAUGCUGAGACCCAGCGGCUGCUCUCUGUCCAAGGAGCCUGCCUGUUGGGCCUGUUGGCCAUCACCAAUGCGCUAACCAAUGGUGUGUUGCCUGUGGUGCAGAGCUUUUCCUGCUUGCCCUAUGGCCAUCUGGCCUACCACCUGGCCGUGGUGCUAGGCAGCGCUGCCAACCCCCUCACCUGCUUUCUGGCCAUGGGUGUGCUCUGCAGGUCUCUGGCAGGGCUGGGUGGUCUCUCUGUGCUGGGCAUGCUCUUUGGGGCCUACCUGAUGGCACUGGCAGUUCUGAGCCCUUGCCCACCCCUGGUGGGUACCUCUGCAGGAGUGGUCCUUGUGGUGCUGUCAUGGGUGCUGUGCUUGGGUGUGUUCUCCUACGUGAAGGUGGCUGCCAGCUCCCUGUUGCACAGUGGCGGCCGGCCAGCAUUGCUGGCAGCUGGCGUGGCCAUCCAGGUGGGCUCCCUGCUUGGGGCUGUUGCCAUGUUCCCUCCCACCAGCAUCUAUCAUGUGUUCCGAAGCGGGAAGGACUGUGUGGACCAGUGUAGCUCCUAAGCCUGGGCAGAUGGAGGACGUGAUGUCAGACUGAGAUGCCACAGCACCCUAGUGCCCACAUCCCCAGGGGGCCCUCCUGACACGUGGGCUCACUCAUGGACACCUGUACACUCCACAGCAGAUGCUGGUCAGAGUGGGGACCACAGAACAGUCCCAGAGCCAGGGCCCAGCUAGGGCUGUGGGCUUGGCCCCGGAUCUGGAACCUGUGUGGGAUUUGCACAAUAAAUCACUGUUACUCCAAAAAAAAAAAA